AUGGUGUUUCCCUCUUCCGAGACCGUCCACCGUUGUGCCGCCGAGCUUUCUGCCGCCGCUACUGUUACAUUGUCGCUGUCGUCGCCGGAGGACUCAUUUCCAUUGCUCUGGUCAGCGAUUUGCCAUCUCGAAGGACUACUGUGUCGUGUUGAUGCCCUAGCCGCCGUAAGGACCGUCGUAACGCUGCUGCUUUUCCCCUCCGACAACUGCCUCCGUGAGGCCAUAGUAGGAUCGCCGACAACUCCAUGCGACUCCGAUGACGGGCCUGAGGCCGGUGCUGAGGUUACCAUGGUGUUUCCCUCUUACGAGACCGUCCACCGCUGUGCCGCCGAGCUUCCUGCCACCGCUACUGUUACAUUGUCGUUGUCGUCUCCGGAAGACUCGUUUCCAUUGCUCCGGUCAGCGAUUUGCCAUCUUGAAGGACUACUGUGUCGUGUCGAUGCCCCAGCCGCCGUAAGGACCAUCGUAACACUGCUGCUUUUCCCCUCCUAG